AUGGAUCAAUGUGAACAAUUAGAUGCUGAUGAUAAAGAUCAACUUAUUGAAUGUGAUUCCGAGUUAAUUGCUGGUUGGUCAUCAUCAAGGAGAAAGGUUGAAUCGGUGGCGGAAAAAGUGGCCUGGUCAUCGGUUGCUCUUGUGAGUGGUGACGCUGAUUGUGAAUUAGGUGGUGAUUCUUGUGGCGAUUUAAAUUCAAAGGUUGGUGUAACCUCGGCAGUGAUUGAGGCUUCGUCCUCGAAAUGGUUAUCGGAUCAACAAAUCACCGAAAGUUUUGUUGAUGAUAGAGUUGAUGAUGGAGAAGGUGGAUCGUUAAUUGUUGUUAAUCGAUCAGCAAGACGGAUGGAAACACACACGGAAUCGAUUGUGACUCGUAAAGUCCGAUCAAGAAUCAUUGAAAUCGAUGAUGGUGAUGAUUUCGAUGAUCAGGAAGAUGAAGAUAAUGAUGAUAAUAGCAACAUAAAUAGUAGAGAAAUUAGUAGAUGCAAUUCCAAUGAAGAAAAUGAUGAUAAUGAUGAUGAAUCUAUUGAAUCAGAUAAUGAAGUAGCCAUUUCAAUCAGGAGACCAUCACUUUCCCUGGUCAAGGCGGAAGCUUUUGUAUUCCGUUCACGGAGGUCACUUGAAGAGCUUGAAACCGAAAUUGUGAUCAGAAAGAAACGUAAGCCCAAAGUUAAUAAGGAGAUGGACGAAACUGCGACAAUUUUCAUCGCUAAUUGUGAUUCUACAGCAAUUAAGGAAACCUCUUCUUCUCUGUCACCAUCUUCAUCUUCUUCCUCAUUACCGUUAUCAUCCUUAUCCAUGAGAGCGAUUCCUGAGAAUCGCCGAGACAAUUUAAUGGAAUCAUUUAACAAACAUGGUUCUCUCGACACCGAAACCGAUUCAAAUGAAGAUGAUGAUGAGAUAAUUAGUGAGCAGCUUGAUGAACAAUCGACUAAUUGUUUUGAUCAUGUUGAUAAAUUGUCGCAAUUAGCGGGUGAUCGUUUCGAUUGGAAUUGUAGUCCAAUUACAACAGUAUUUAAAAGCGAUCGUGAAAUCAAUGAUCUUUUUUGA